AUGGCACCCUCGUCGCCGCUCGAUUUCGUAGCGGCGAUCUUAAAUGGCGAUACUGAGGGUGUGGCCGCGAUGGUGCUCACUACUUCCGUCGCGGUGCUCACAGGCUGCAUCGUGCUGCUUGCCUGCCGCCGCACCGCCGGAUCGGCCGGGAAGAAGCAGCUGCCGCCGCCUAAGCUGGUCGUGCCCAAGCCGGAGGAAGCAGACGACGACAAGACCAAAGUUUCCGUCUUCUUCGGCACACAGACUGGCACAGCUGAAGGUUUUGCAAAAGCAUUUGUGGAGGAAGCCAAAGCUAGAUAUCCACAGGCAAAGUUUAAAGUUAUUGACUUGGAUGAUUACGCUGCCGAUGAAGACGAGUACGAGGAGAAGUUGAAGAAGGAGAGUUUAGCAUUCUUCUUCCUCGCCUCAUAUGGAGACGGUGAGCCUACUGACAAUGCCGCGAGGUUUUACAAAUGGUUUACUGAGUUAAAAGAUAGGGAGGACUGGCUUAAGAAUCUUCAGUAUGGAGUGUUUGGUCUUGGGAAUAGACAAUACGAGCAUUUCAACAAGAUUGCGAUAGUGGUAGAUGACCUUAUCACCGAGCAAGUUAAUCAAGCGGUUUCGGUGAUUGUGACUGCGUGCCGCGGCGUCGAUGUGACGCCGGAGAAAUUGGGGAAGAAAUACGUGGAGGUGUACAUGGCUUUGGAUAUUGUGUUGAGGGGCGUUAGUGGCAUUAGGCUUGCGGCGAUGCUGGCGUCGAUGCACGGCGAGGGUAUAGCGAAAAUGGUGCAUUCGGCUGUUCAGACUGAGAGUAAGAUCCGUGGAGCGGAUAGCUGGGUUAACGUGGAGCCGCAGGCGGUGGACCAUGAGGCUAGCGUGGUGUCGUUUUCGCAGGCAUCGUUUGAGCUGCCUGCGGAGACAUUGCAGGCUGGAGAUGAGGUGGCUGCCACUUUGGCGAUUAUCCAACCGGUUGAGGAGAAGGAGUUGCCUAAGGUUGAGGAGACUGAGGUGGAGAAGGAUCCGUUUGCGGCUAGUGAUAGGAUUGGUAAGCCAGAAGAAAUGCUGAUGGAAGGGUUUAAGAAGGAUAAGGAUACUGGCCUGUCAGAUGUAAGCAAGGCGCUGGCAGGACUCGACGUGACUAGUCUGCCUCCAGCUGCAGCUACUGAGUCCACUCAUAUUGGCGUGGAAGGGUUCGAAGGGCAGUAUGGCGGCAUUGAGUUUUCUAAUGAUGGGUCGACGUUGCCAGAAGAUUUUGAAGGUAUUAAUGAUGCUUGGGGUGGCGGAUUGGACGCAUCUGAGUUUGUGGGUACUAAGAAGAUUCCAAAGGACCAGGGGCUUGGUGGUUUGGAGCUUUUGGAGACCAGUGAGCCGCCAUCUGCAACUGUCGCUAAAGGUGCUGCUGCUGGGGAUAGGAUUGAGGAUAUAUUGGUGAAGAAGACUGAAAUGAAGGGUCCAGAGAUGUAUAUUGUUGAAGAGAUAAGUGCAGAGUUUAGAGAAUCAUUACUUGCUAGAGUGGGGUUGAUGGGUGUUGUGUACCUUAAGACAGUGCCUUUUAAAUCCCCUUCAGACGACAAGGAAACUGAGUUUUCGUUCAAGUUGGAAGGCGCAGAAGGUAUUAAGAGAUUUGCAGUGGAAGGCUCUAAGGUGAGCAGCCUAGGAAAUGGUUUGUUUCAUGUGAGGACGGCUACAUCAGAGGAACCUAUACCCAUUGCAAAGUACAGCUUGCAACCUCGUAUGACUCCAUUGCCUUUGAGGGUUCGACUAGCUAAACGUCUCAGUGGAACGUUACUUUCUAUUAUGGUGCAAUAUGUCUCAAAUCCAGACUUGCCAGCUCCCUUGAACAAUGUAACGAUUGUUCUCAAAUUGCCCGUUGACCCGACCCUUUUGAAAGUGACGCCUAAAGCAGUGUUGAACAGGUCCGAGAGAGAACUGAAAUGGCAUAUUGAUGAGAUUCCACAGAAGGGAAAUCCUGGUAUACUCAAGGCAAGAAUGCCAGUUGAUAUAGGCGAAGAUGAUGAUGGAUCGGAGCUUGAUAUCGUCGCUUAUGUCAAGUUUUCUGCUCAAGGAUAUAGGUCUUUGUCUGGAAUCUCACUAAGACCUGCUUCUGAGGGCAAGACAGAAUUCUAUGAGACUGACCACAGGUAUGAAAGUGGGGUUUAUGUGUGCAAUUGAGAAUGACAACUGGCCUCUAUGUAUUGAGUUUGUACCAUUUUAUCUUAUUUGAUCAGUUUUUGGUGUAUGGAAACUUUCUAGCAUUCUUUGUGUGUAUGUGUUCUGAUUCACUGUUUUAUACGACCAGUUGUACCUUUAUAUCUUUGUUCAAAUGCUUGCUUUCAGCAGCUUAAAAUGAAACUAAAUUGAUUUGUA